AUGGCGUCCGCGUUAGAAGGGCGCAAAGGCCCCGACGACGAAGGCACCAUCAACGUCGCUUCCAAGAAGGCGUCCAGGGACAAGCAGAAUGGAUUCAUCAAGCUUAAGAAGCCCCCGCCGAAGCAGAGCAAACCCGGAAACUGGAGAGACGGCAGCGUCCUCGAGGAUGACAAGAAGAAGAAAAGGAGUGAAAGCCCCGCAGCUAUCCUCGGUGCAUUAUCACCUGGCCCCGUAGUGAAUCAACUGGAGGAUAGCACCCGCGAAAGCUUCGAGACCGGCCGACCCCUCGACGAUCCCCUUCCUACGCAACAAUGCAAGCACUGUAAAAAGGUGGUGCUUAAGCCGGCCCUACCAGAUCAUAUAGAUGAAUGCCUCAAAAAGAAGAAGGAGAAAGCACAAAAGAAGAAGGAAGCGCGGGAAGCGCGGGAGCGACUCAAAGUGCAAGCCGCUCGCAGUAACAACGAAGGAGACGGCGACGCCAAGGCAGCCGGAAGCGACGACGACGACGAUGAUGAAGAUGGCCCGCCCGAGAAGAAGGCCGGUAAAAAGAACGUGUCUGGAAAGAAGGUCGGCGGCGAGCCCAAGGGGAAAAAGCGGAAGGCCGAUGGUGAUCCCGAGAAAGGCCCCAAAAGCAAGAAGAAGAAGGAGGAGCCCAAGCCGAAAGCCCCCAAAGCCAAAGGCCCUGUGGACGUUGAGAAGCAGUGUGGUGUGAUCCUAGCUAAUGGCCAACCCUGUGCACGUUCAUUGACAUGCAAGAGCCACUCAAUGGGUGCCAAGCGCGCAGUUGCUGGGAGAUCUCUGCCAUACGAUAUGUUGCUUGCUGCGUACCAGAAGAAGAACCAGGCGAAACAGCAAAAGGCAGCUCUGGAUGCGAACGCCCCCUUAGAGGAUGAUGAAGCCAAUGAAGGCCCCAUCGAUUCCGAAGAAGAGACGGCUCAGGUCAUGGGUGCACUUAAAGAUUGCUGGAACCCACAGCCGGUAGUGCCGCAGGAACCAUAUGAGCCACUUCGGGAAAAAUACAGGCUGAACAGGCUGCACGAACAGCUCAUGAUAGCGACGAAUGGAGGCCGGACAAAUAUCUUCAAGGUGGUUGGUCUGGGCGCACAGAGGCUACCUCCCAACCACGUGGUAGCGCAGAAUAUGGAUAUGGAAGAUGCACCAGGCGAACCUGACUUGUCAGUCCCUGGCACGAGACGGCUGUCUGGUAUUAAUCAAGCUUAG